GGAUUUAUUAAAGUGGGCUGUUGCAAUCAAGUUUCGACGCAGCGAAUAACUUUUUGUGAGAAUCCUACAUCGCUGGACUUACUCAACUUCAAACGGUGCUGUUGGUGCUCUUUCCUCACUGCACCGAAUUCAUUUACAUACAUAUAUUUUUUUAAUGUGUCGGGCUUUGCUGCAAAUGUACAUUUACACUUGUGAAUUAUUCGGACGUCUGAGUUACGCAGUCCCUAAUUCAGGAAUCCGCUCUGCUUUAAAUAGCUACCGGAGCUAGUCCAGGGGUGGCCAUUAGCUGCACGCGUCUCUGGAUCCCUUAACAGAACUAAAAUACAAUCAAGCUGUAUUCGCAAUGGACGCAAAGACGAAAGAAGCCGCUUUAGCUAAUAACGCCAGACAAUUUAGGAAAGGUAUUGUCCCUGACGAAGUGAGGGAAUGUUAUGAUAACUAUGCCGGUCGGUAUGAUAAGGAUUUGAACCCAGAAUCUUACUUAGGACCAAAAAUGGCAGCCGAAGCUUUGACGUCAUACGUGGAGCGCAGUGGUUGGUCAAAAGGCAAAAUCCGGGUUCUCGACGUUGGAGCAGGCACUGGAUUCGUUGCCAUCCAGCUUGCAAAUCGAGGAUUUAAAAGAAUGGACGCCCUUGAUCCGUCGGAGGGAAUGCUGGAGAAGGCAAAGACGCGAGGAGUUUACGAAAACUUCAUUCAGGAAUUUUUGACGCCAGAUCCCACCCCGGGUAUAGCCAAUGACACGUACGACGCUGUGGUGUCUUCGGGCGGUAUGGGAGAGGGCCACAUCCCGUGUGGCGCCUUGAGAGAGAUGGUCCGAGUAGUCAAACCAGGUGGACUUGUGGUAAUAGCGAUGAGGGAAGAAUAUCUUCGCUGUACCAGUGGUUACGAAAAUCUAGAGCCCACUAUGGCCGCCAUGGAGAACGAGGAACUCUGGGAACGUCUGGAGAGAAGUGUACUUCCGGGAUAUUGCUACCAUAAAGAUGGACUAGUUUACGUGUUUAGAAAAAAAUGAUAAGGAAAGGGAUAUUUUGUUUGAUCUUUGA